AUGAGGUUACCCAACAUUUUCAUUCCAAAGGCCCGGCCGUUGCCCUCAACCACAGUGAGGUGCUUCACGUCCAGCUCCCGCGCAUUCCAGCCGACUGCUCUCCACCGUGCCCAGCGCGCAGCUGAUAUCAAAGCUCAUCCCGAAUCCAGCCUCACGCAGGAGAAGCUGCCGGACAAGACAUAUAAUCGCCACUGGACGGAGGAGAACGCUACGCCGAGUGAAGCCGACGUA